UAAAUAAAUAAUAAUAAUAAUAAUAAUAAUAAUAAUAGAUAUGCUUCUCACUUUCGUAGAUUAUGUGCAAAAAAAAAAUAACUCGACAAAAACUAACCAAAUGUUUAACUCGACAAAAAAAACUGUCGCACGAGAUUUUCGCCUCAGUUCAUAGUAGUACGCAAACUCUACUAACUGGCCUCUUUAGUUCUUUUGCUUGUGGUGUACGUAACGUGACUACUCUUACGGUGCCGUCUGGUCCUGGGUGUACAUCGAUUAUUCUCGCUAAUAGCCAUUUUAGUGGUGGCCAGUGCUGCAAAAUGUCACUAUCAAUGUCAUAAAAAAAUCUGACUGAAGCAAAAUUCAUAUCAGCGUCACGUACUCAAUUGUGAUAAUCAGAGGUGAUACUCAGAACGAUUGGUGUGAGUAAUACAUGCUCAUGACAUGUUUGCGACCAUCGCUUGGUCAGUCACUAUAUCACGACUUUUUUUUGCUGUGAUCAAUUUUGCAAAAUGUCACUGACAUAGUCAUGACAAAUUCUGGCUGAAACAAAAUCAUCUCAGCGUCACGAGCUCUACUGCGAAGAUCAGAGGCGAGCCUCAAACAGUUGGUGCGACCAUCGCAUGCUUGGUGACAUUGUGUGCAACCAGCUCGUGUUCAAUCACUUGGUCGCGACAUUUGCAGUCGGUGAUCAUCGCGAUAUGCAUUGCGUGCGAGUGGUUCCAAGAAACAAAAUGAGCAUGUUUUCUCGCUCUGUUUGACCCGACAGAUAAUCAAAACAGAUAGAGAGAGAAAGCGUGCUCAUUUUGUUGCUAGAGCCUACGCGCCAAGUAUAUUCCAAGAAUGUCGCGAUUAUCGCCGACAACAAUGUCGUGACCAAGUGAGUGAUCAAAAGUUGGGUGCUAAACUAAAUGUCACCAAGCAUGUGAUUGAUUUUCCAACUGUUUGAGUAUAGUCACUGAUCAUUUCAGUUGUGUACGUGAUCUUAUAUGAGCUUCGUUUCAGUCAUGAGUGUUGAUGAUUGAAACAGUGGCAUUUGGCAGCACUGUUCACAGCCAGAAAAAAAAUCAUGAUAAUGCUUGCGCCGGCAUUAAGCUAAGCUUGUCAGUCAGAGUAUCGUGUUGGACUCAAGAAUUCACAUGUCGUGUUCAGCAUGUAAUGGCGCACUUUUAUUGACUAUCAGCAAUGAGCAUCAAGCUACCACGGAUAUGUUAAUUGUUUUCGUUGGUGAAAAUCUCGUGAUACUCAUGACAUUUUACAGCACUGGCGGUGGCACAUUAUCUCCUCGUACGAUUACCAUCAUUCCAGGGCAGAUCAGUCGUACUGGGUCUCUCCAUUUGGGUCUAGUCUGCAGCUGUUGAAGAUAUUCCACAUGCCAACCCAAGGAACAUUUCCUACGCUUUUUAGACUUAAACAUGCCUUAUCAAAGUUUUAUCAUGAUUGGCCUAAGAAAUAAAUGUCGUAAUGCAUAUUUUUUACUUGCUAAGCAGUCUUUGAAAUACGAGCAUCUUUAAAACAUUUUAAAACACCUACAAAACCACCUAUUAAAACCAAAAUUGUUGUUUUUUUGGGUUAUUUUAAUCGCACUGUAGAUGUGCUGUAAAGAGCUUUUAAAAACCGUUAAUUUAAGAUCUAUUUAAAACUCAAAGCAAUAAGACCAUCCUGUCUAAUAUUACGCUUGUUAAUACUAUAAUCUCUUAAAACCGACACGUCAGGAUUAUAAAAAGAAUGUUGGAAGAAUAGUUGCUAGUUGUCAUAUUUUUGUACCAACAAAAGUAGCUAUCAUGUAUGACAAAUUGAGCAGAAUAAAAUCGAGUGGAAGUUUUAGGCGAAAUGUAGCUAAAAACUAUCUCAAAAUUGUGCAAACACAUCCUAUAAGAGUAGUGGAAACAUUACGAGCAGUAAAUCAGCCAUUUCAAAAUGCAGUUGAACCAACAACAACCCCCAGGACAAUCGCACGGCAAUCGGAUUGAACGCGCAACAUUUUCCAUACAAUCCGCAGUGUUGCGUUUGAUUCACGCCAACUUCCCCCAGGACAAUCGCAUGGCAAUCGGAUUGAACGCGCAACAUUUUCCAUACAAUCCGCAGUGUUGCGUUUUCUUCGCGCCAACUUUGCCUGUAUUUUCAAUGAGCCAAACGAUUUUACCCCCUCCUACACGCGAUGUAUCCUAAAGCACGCUUAUCGCGGCAACGUUCACCACAUACACACACACAUCUCCACACUCAGGGUACGACAUCUUCCCUGUUGCUGUUCUGGACUCAGACAAAAUUUGUGUUUCUACACUUAUUGUUCAAAUAAGUAGUAGCUCUUAGGAUCUGAAUUUACAAACAAAUAUCAAAAUGUUAUGUUCUGCUAAUGAUAUUGCUCUAAAUUUAAAUGCACUACAUUAAGUUUUUACAUAUCUUUCGUAAAAGUUCGUCAGAGUUUGAAAAUGUCGAUACAAUUUGUCAUGAAUAACUUAAAUUUUAAGAUUUUCGCGCAUAAAAUUAUGACGCGCGCUGUCUGUGCGGCGGCGUAAGUCGCUACUCGUAUAGCCGUCUCGCUUCUUCUUGUGUGUGCUUUACCGUUGCUCACCGCAUCAAGAACAUUGCUGCUCACACACACGUCGAUCUGCGGCAAACAAUUGGAGGGGGAGGAUGUGUCGGUUUGCUCCAGAAAUCGUGUGUGAUUUUGGUGUUCUGGAUUUGGUUCCAUCGCUGUUUGUUUUGGUGAAAUUGAAAAGGUAAGAAUCAUCAACCGAUGGUAAAGUGUGAUAGUAAGAUGAUGGUGACUGAUGCUUUUUUUUUGUUUCUUUUCCUGCUUUCAUCCACUGAUGGCGUCGAGCAUUGCCGAGGAUGUGAUCGAAUGCGGAAUAUUCUAAACGAGGAGCUUCAUUCCGGAUUUUGUUUGCAAUAAGCGCUGAACUCCUCCUCCAGCUUACAACGAACGGUCAACGGAUGAGGAAGGAGAGGAGGGACGGCAAAGGUACACGCACAAACGGGCACACAUCAGCCUUGUCGGAGAACGAGAACACGGGAGGGGGAGAUCGGCAACGUAUAGAGCAUCUUCAUUUACGCUCCCUCGUGCGUUCGUGCGUGCGUGCGCUCGUGCGUCUAUGUGUGUGUAUGUGUGUUCAUGCCUGCGUGCGUGGCUGUGUGUGUUUUUGCCGCCUCGCAUAACGAGAUCCUACGGGAUCACCUUGCGAAAAACACCAAGAGAGGGGUAGGUGUGUGUGUGUGUGUGUGUGUGUGUGUGUGUGUGUGUGUGUGUGUGUGUGUGUGUGUGUGUGUGUGUGUGUGUGUGUGUGUGUGUGUGUGUGUGUGUGUGUGUGUGUGUGUGUGUGUGUGUGUGUGUGUGUGUGUGUGUGUGUGUGUGUGUGUGUGUGCUUGCAUGCGUGCGUGAUUGUGUGUGUGGUUUUUGCUGUUUCGCGAUUUCCUACGGAAUCACCUUGCGAAAACACACGAGGGGGAGGGGUUGGGUGUGAGUGUGUACUUGCCUGGGUGCGUUCGUGGCUGUGUGUGUGUGUUUUUGCGUUCGCGUUCUCCUACGGGAUCACCUUGCGAAAACACACGAGGGGGAGGGUUGGGUGUGAGUGUGUGCUUGCCUGGGUGCGUGCGUGGCUGUGUGUGUGUGUUUUUGCGUUCGCGUUCUCCUACGGGAUCACCUUGCGAAAAACACCAUGGGGAGGAGGAGAUUUGUGUGUUGUUUUUUUUUCUUUGCCAUUUUGCACUCUCCCGCGGGUCUCAUGUGAUCGAUUGUUUUUUUUUUUGGUUUUUCAAUAAGAAAAAAAUCUUUAAAAAAUACCAGAGGGGAGGGUGUGUGUGUGAAAAAUAAAAGAAAAUAUGUUAAACGAAGUUAAAACUGAGUCUGAACUCAUUGCAAUCCGAAACAAAGUGAGGGGGGUAAUAAAAUGUAGUACACAUGCAUGCAACAUGUAUCGUGCCGCCGCGACGUUUCUCGCUUUCAGCCCGAUUGGAGCUUCUAAGGGAUUAUUUUAAUGGGCGCCCAGAUAGAGCCCGAUGAGACCGAAAUCGCAUGGAUAAUGGUACCGGGGUUUGCCUGCCCCCAGGACAAUCGCAUGACAAUCGGAUUGAACGCGCAACAUUUUCCAUACAAUCCGCAGUGUUGCGUUUUGUUCGCGUCAACUUUGCCUGUAUUUUCAAUAAGCGAAAGGCCACGGGAGUGACAAAAUGCUGACAAAUUUUUCAAAAUGUGAGCUUUUGUCACUUUUUUGAGCUUUUGUCAAAAUUUUGUGACCUGGAGCAGCCAGGAAAAGAAGUUGAAAAAAGUUGACAAAAUUUGACGUUCGUGAAAAAGCGUAAACAAACAGCUAUUUGGCGCAGUUGUGACCCAUUGUUAUGAUAAUAAUGCUAAAAUGCAUGAUUCUAAUUGAUUUAUGCACCUAUUUCGUGCUUCUUAAACAAAAUAUAGAUGAUAUCUAGAUGUUGGAGCUUUUUGUCGCUCUUGUGUAUGUUUUUGGUGCGGCCACGAGAAAAGCUCUUUUUUGCAGUUGACAAGCAAUUUUGACAAAGUUGAAAAAAUUUUCAACAUUUUUUCAGCUCCGUAGCCACGCGCUAAAUGAGCCAAGCGAUUUUACCCCCUCCUACACGCAUUCCCCCAGGACAAUCGCAUGACAAUCGGAUUGAACGCGCAACAUUUUCCAUACAAUCCACAGUGUUGCGUUUGCUUCGCGCCAACUUUGCCUGUAUUUUCAAUGAGCCAAACGAUUUUACCCCCUCCUACACGCGAUGUAUCCUAAAGCACGCUUGUCGCGGCAACGUUCACCACAUACACACACACAUCUCCACACUCAGGGUACGACAUCUUCCCUGUUGCUGUUCUGGACUCAGACAAAAUUUGUGUUUCUACACUUAUUGUUCAAAUAAGUAGUAGCUCUUAGGAUCUGAAUUUACAAACAAAUAUCAAAAUGUUAUGUUCUGCUAAUGAUAUUGCUCUAAAUUUAAAUGCACUACAUUAAGUUUUUACAUAUCUUUCGUAAAAGUUCGUCAGAGUAUGAAAAUGUCGAUACAAUUUGUCAUGAAUAACUUAAAUUUUUAGAUUUUCGCGCAUAAAAUUAUGACGCGCGCUGUCUGUGCGGCGGCGUAAGUCGCUACUCGUAUAGCCGUCUCGCUUCUUCUUGUGUGUGCUUUACCGUUGCUCACCGCAUCAAGAACAUUGCUGCUCACACACACGUCAGUCUGCGGCAAACAAUUGGAGGGGAGGAUGUGUCAGUUUGCUCCAGAAGUCGUGUGUGAUUUUGGUGUUCUGGAUUUGGUCCCAUCGCUGUUUGUUUUGGUGAAAUUGAAAAGGUAAGAAUCAUCAACCGAUGUAAAAGUGUGAGAGUAAGAUGAUGCUGAUGGUGACUGAUGCUUUUCUUUGUUUCUAUUCCUGCUUUCAUCCACUGAUGGCGUCGAGCAUCGCCGAGGAUGUGAUCGAAUGCGGAAUAUUCUAAACGAGGAGCUUCAUUCCGGAUUUUGUUUGCAAUAAGCGCUGAACUCAUCCUCCAGCUGACAGGACGGCAAAGGUACAAGCAUAAACGUGCACACAUCAGCCUUGUCGGAGAACGAGAACACGGGAGGGGGAGACCGGCAACGUAUAGAACCUUUACGCUCCCUCGUGCGUUCGUGCGUGCGUGCGCUGUGUAUGUGUGCUUGCAUGCGUGCAUGGCUGUGUAUGUGUGUGUGUAUGUGUGCUUGCAUGCGUGCGUGGCUGUGUAUGUGUGUGUAUGUGUGCUUGCAUGCGUGCGUGGCUGUGUAUGUGUGCUUGCAUGCGUGCGUGGCUGUGUGCGUGUUUUUUGCUGUUUCGCGAUCUCCUACGGAAUCACCUUGCGAAAACACGAGGUGGGGGAGGAGUGGGGUGUGUGUGUACUUGCCUGCGUGCUUUGUGUGUGUGUUUUUGCGUUCACGUUCUACGGGAUCACUUUGCGAAAAACACCAAGGGGAGGUGGAGGUGUGUGUAUGUGUUUUUUUUUCUUUGCCGAUACGCACUCUCUCGCGGAUCUAGUUGUGUGCGUUAUUUUUUUUUUUAGUUUCGUCGAAAAAUCUUUGAAAAAUACCUGGGGGAGGAUGUGUGUAUGAAAGAAUUUACUUCAGAAAAGAAAGUGAAAAAUAAAAAACGAAUAUAAAAUCUGUUAAACGAAGAUUUAAGUGUGUCUGAACUCAUUGCAAUCCGAAAGAAAGCGAGGGGGGCUCUUAAAAUGUAGUACACAUGUAUGCAACAUGUAUCGUGUCGCCGCGACGGUGUAUCUCGCUCAAUCCGUUAAGCCUGAAAAGUGCUUGUAUCGGAUCGUCUAAUCGGGCGCCAUUUAAUCAAUCCGUUAGCGAAAAGUCGCAUGGAUUUUGGUACCGGGGAAACAUCAAACCACCGCCUCGGGAAUCCACACAAUCUCUACAAUUGGGACAACAACAAAAGUUUUUCCCAGCUGUAAAUGAUGAAAUUCAUCGCCCAAGUGUAACUCCCGUUCAAAACUCUAUUAAUGAUGAUGAACAACUGUACAACGAUCUUCAAAGCAGGUCCGGUUUCAACAUAAUAAAAAAUGUCCUGAAGUCGCUUAUGGGUUUACUUGACAAAAGGAUACCGGGAGUUUUUUCCGUAAGAUCCACGGACUUUUCUAAAAACUGAUCGAAAUGUAGAAAAAGACACGAUAGGUGAUGGUAAAUAUUGGCAUAAUGGAGUUGGAGCGUGCCUUGAGCAGGCGUUCCCAGCAAUUCAUCAGCUGGACAGUAUAUCGCUAAAUAUAAACAUUGUUGGACUCCCACUUUAUAAGAGCUCGAAAGACGAAUUCAGGCCUAUUUUGGACAAGUUUGUUUAAUUGCAACACUGAAUUUCCAAUUCUUUCGGGAGCACUACAACGACAGACGCUUUUGUCUACAAGUUUGACACUUGACACGAUUAAGCUUCCUAAGACACAAUAGCUUGCGCCAGUGCUGCCAUACAGGUUAACAUGUUUCACAUGUCAUCGCGUACAGUGCUGUACAGUCAUUUAUGCUUAACAGCAAGGUUAUUAAACUCCAUACAGGUUACGACAGAGCGUUUUAGAGGGUCACCAUUAUGGAUACCUUGUUUACAAUUUGUCUGUCAAAAUAGAUGCCGGCCAGCUGUUGCUUGGCAUGAACAACAUAAAUAAGUUUACAGAAGACGAAAUUAGUGCUACAUUUUUUCUUAAUGCUAGCUCGUUAUAUCAUUUAUAGAAUAUGACUUCUAUGUUGGAUUGGUUAAUGCUGAGUCAGUUUUGCUUACAUGCCCUGGAUAACGUCGGAUUGUCUCAUCAGUUUCAAUUGUUCUACAGGUUUGAUAUUGCAGUCCCAGCUUCAGUGGACGAGGGUUCAUGCCGCCCAGCAGCAGCAGUGUCCAAACUGGGUUAUUCCAGAUGCUGCCCCUCGUGUGGGAAGUGGCCAGAUCCCAUGUUGCUUCGCGCAUAACAGCUCGUCCUUUAUUCGGAGUGGAACGGACACGGAAUAAUUCAGUGAAAGAGUAUCGAUGUGAUGACACCCUUUUGACGAUGUUGGUCAGGGAACCUGUGAUGAUGUGGUGCAAAAAAAAUGCUACCGGCAUCACUUUCGUUCCGCUAUUGCACUUGACCCGAGCUAACCGCGACGGCGCUGACGAACUUGCGGCAGCGGGGAUGAUGCGAAUCCCUCCUUCGAAAUUGCGGUGCUGAGAUGAUGAUAAAGUAGAAGCUUGUGUGGCAUGGUCUCGUCCUUACUAAAACACUGCUUAAGCUACACCCAAGGUGACAUGAAUCAUCGACCCCCACAGGAAUAAGGCUGCAGCCAGAAUGGAAUGAACAUUUGUUUUCUUUGAACUGGAACGGCAACAGUGGCAGCAUAGACGAUCUCGUCUCGAACACGACGACUGCAACGAACCGACAUGGAACCGCGGACAAUAACUUAAAUAACCACUAUGCAUAAGCACAAAUAUACUUAUGGUUUAUUUCCUAAUUAUAAUUGUUACAACAGGACCGUUCAACAUUUACUUCCCAGCUCAACCACUACUCUCCCUUCACAAGUGCUUUACUCGGUGACCCUCAUAUUCAUCUCUUUCUUCUACUCUUUAUCAUAUAAUUUGUAGGAAAAAUGAAAUAAUGUGGAUAGGGUUUAUCUGCCUCUAUCAAAAAUGAAAAAUAUUAUCAUACGACACACCUGGGAUCGUAAUGCGAGAUUUUCCUCGUGAAGAAAGGUACUUGUAGAGCAUUUGAAUAUGCUAGUUAUACGGUUAUACGGUACGAAAAACUCGUUGUAACAGUUUAUACUGUAGUGGGCUGAGAUGAAAUAUGAAGUGGUCACUUGCAUCCAGUCUGCGUGUCAGACCUGUUGGACCCUAAAGUCGCUGUUGCUGGUUAUUUAUGUUCUGGGUACAUCAUGCUUUGCUGUUAGGAGGGAGGAGAUACUAGUAUAUGUGGUAUAUGACGCUAGUAUGCUUUUCCGCGUGGUGGCGUAACAGCCACAGACUAACAGAGCAGUAUACAGAGUAACAGUCAGAAAAAACGGCUCCUCAACCAUCACGAAUAGCAGUUGCUUUUAAGAAGGAACGGUAAUUUACUCCAAAGUCGGAGCCGGCUCCGACCGGCUCCAGAUAAUUUUGGAGGCGGCUCCGACCGGCUCCAGAUAAUUUUGGAGCCGGCUCCGCACCCACGGCUCCAAAGCCGGUUCCGGAGCCGGCUCUGCACCAACGGCUCCGGAGCCGGCUCAGCUCCAACGGCUCCGGAGCUGGAUUUAACACAAGGGACCAAACAAACUUUUUCAAUAAAGUUUCAAUCGAGGAAAUCCGUAAAUAGCGGAGAAGGUCAUGCUUAAAUAAUUUAUCAAAAAAAUCGAUGAGUUUCGAAUAUAGUUACGAAAGGCGAGACCAACGAAUGCUACACAACGUCAUACAUGUCAAUACUGCAAUCACAUCGUGAGUUAGCUUCCACGAGAAGAUAUAUUCUUUUUUUUUUAUUACGCUAUCGUACAAUGCUCUAUUGAACCGUUAGUCCGGAGGCGUUGGUCCAGAACCGUUGAUUCGUCGCCGGCUCCAGAACAGUGGGCCCGAAGCCGGCUCCGCAGCCGUUGGAACGGAACCAUGAAUGCAGAGCUGUUAGUCCGGAGCCGGCUGCAGAGCCAUUGGUGCAGAGCCGUUGGAGCGGAGCCGGCUCCGGAGUCGUCGGAGCGGAGCUGGCUCCGGAGCCGUUGGUGUGAAGCCGGCUUCGGGAAAAAGUCGGAGCCGGCUCCAGACUAACGGGUUGGUGCGCUCCGAAACGCCCAUCACUAGAUCACAGGACUGUUCUUGGACGGAAAGGUAACUCGCGAGAUGAAACUCUUUGAGAAAUAAAAAAAUAAAAUUAUUUCUUUUUCAUUUCACUAAAAUAUGAAUCAAAUUUCCACACUCGACACAAGUCCAAUAGAAAGUACAUAAUUUAAAUUAGAUUUACAAUAAUUUAACAAUUCAACCUAAAACAUCUAUUGCACGAUUGCAAUCCAGUUGCAACCAGUCGAAUUGUAAACAAACCAUUCCAAUUUGUCUGUCAAAAUUUUUUCAUUCAUUUUUUUAUUGGAAAUCGGCCAAAACAGGCUUUUGUCACAACCUGUAAAGAGUCUAAUAACCUUGCUUAACAGAGCACAUGAAUAGGUAAACUAAGAGUUUUAAGUCUAAACAUUGUUUGUUGCCAUACAUAUUAAAUCAAAAUGUGUGUGAAAGAGUCGUCAAUCAAGAUAUAAGUGUCUUGAUGCAAUGGAAACCAUUUUGUAAUGAAAUUGACAUUUAUUGGUACAUAAAUGUGUAUGCCAUAUUGAAUUUCUGUGUAUGCAAGUGUUUGAUUUCAUGCUUAUAAUUAAAUCUUUAAUAAUACAUGACCUUUUUAACUUGAUAUUACUUUAUACUAUGCAACAAUAUGGGAUUAAAGUCAAAGGUUUUUUUUCUUUUUGAAAAUAGCAUAACACUCGACAGUUAUUUUUAAUUAAUUUUUUUUUUGUUAUUUCUCUAUUUAUUAAGUGUAUUAUUAUGUCGGCGCUUCGUCAAAAUUCGAAAUACAAUGUAAUGUUUCAUCAGUAAAACUUUCUUGGCAUUUAAAUUUGCCCUUCGGCAAUGUCAUAUUGCUUAACAUAAAAAUAUGACUAUUUCAUUUGUUGGCUAUCACGAUUCACAGGCAGAUAAUGUUAUGGUUGUAUUUUUAUUGCCACUGAAAUCUUCCAAGAAUAACAAUUUCAUAGUGGUACGGGUUAUGAUUUUUAUCCUACGAUUUCAUUUUUUAUGUGUUUUAAAGACUUUCUAAAGAUCAUCGAAUCUUCUUAAAAUAUGAUUAUCUUAGUCGUAACAUGUACUUGGAGAUUGAAUUAAAUUUUCAAGGUACAAGAUCUUAAAGUCUAGAGAAGGUCGCAACGAAUGGUUUUAAUAGAGUUCUGUAGAUUGGCCCUUUUAGGCUUAAAAGAGCUUUAUUAGCUUAUUGGAGCUUUAUUGGUUUUCUGUGGACAUACAAGAAAAACACCUAUUAAUUGAAUACUUAAUGCCAUGAUGAUAACAACAUUGUUAGAACUAUGAUAAAACUUAAAAUGUUACUUGGGAACGCUUCCGAAAAUGCUGUAUUCAAUGUUGAACGUGUCUCCAAUGGCUCAAGCGGUUCUCUGGGAUGUUUUUUAAGUCUACUUCCGCUAAAUGUUGCAUAUUUGAACCUGUGAGAAAAUGACCUGGCGUUUGUACUUCGUAAUCAUUUGGACUGUCCGACAAUGGUGAAAUCGGACGGGAAUUCAAACAAGACUCAAUCUCGGUCAAUAGUGUCACCAUGUCUUCGUGUGAUACCGAUGAUGUGCCCAACACACGCAGUAAAUGACGCUUCAUUGAUUUCACUGCUGCUUCCCACAAGCCUCCAAAGUGUGGCGCGCGAGGCGGGAUAAACUUCCAUCUGAUUUACUGUUCAGCUGUCCAGGCCCAAAUACCUUGCUGAUGAUCAGUAGAGUUGAAUAGCUCAUACAACUUGUUCAACUCAUUCGCUGCUCCCUUGAAAUUGGUACCAUUGUCAGAAUGAAUUUUCGUUACCGUUUCUCUUCUAGCGAUAAAUCUCCGUAAUGCUGCCAGAAACGCUGGUGUGCUUAUGUCGGACACCAAUUCCAGGUGCACUGCGCGUGUCACUGACCUUGCACCGAUGAUCCAAAAUUCCUGACGCAAUGUAGAUAGCAUCAUUUGUGGGCCUGCAUGGUGAUAUUCUAUGUGGCAAUAAUAUGCCAGAAAUUUUGCCAACAUAUGUCCUUUCGGAAUGAUUAUCGGGUACUUCAUCGAAUGGCUUGCUUCCGCAUGCCGUAGUCUGCCAUUCACGCGCAUCAGACCUUCCUCAUCAAUCCAUGGAUCACAUACUCGUACUGCUGAGGAACGGGCCACUCCCCUUCCGGCCUUCAACUCCUUCAUCUCUUGGGCAAAUCCAUCCAUUUGUGCCAUUCUACACAGCAUCUUUUCUGACCUUUGUAUUUCCUCGCUAGUGAGACGUUCAAUCACCAGCUCUGUCCUCUUUGUUUUGGAGCCUCUCCUUAUGUUGUCUAAAAACCGUACACAGUAUCCCACAACUCGACGGAGUUUACUCUAUGUAGAAUAUUUAGAAAAGAGUUCAUCCCAACCACUCUGAACUUCAGUUGAUACCAAUGCAGCUGUUGUCCUCUCUUCUCCUGUCGCCUCUGCUGGUUUAGUAGAUGCUGAUCUUGGCCACUCAUCUUCAUUUUUUACUAACCACGAUGGCCCCGACCACCAUAGCUGGCACUCCACUAAGGCUGUUGGCUGACAUCCUCUCGAUACCAAAUCUGCCGGAUUUUUCAUGCCUGGGACAUGCCUCCACUGGCAUCCAUUAGUAAAAGACUGGAUUUUGGCCGUCCUAUUUGCCACAAACGUUUUCCAACCUUGAUGAGGUGAGGUGAUUCAAUACCAUGUGGUCAUCGAAUCCGUCCACAGAUAGCAUGGUGCUUCCGGCAAUCUUGCUUUCCUAAUAAAAUUGUACAAGUUGCUCGCCAACAAUGCUGCACAAAGCUCCAGUCUUGCAAUUGUAAUUCGUUUCGCGAAAGGUGCCACCUUGGACUUAGAUACAAGCAGAUUAGCCACACAUACUUCUUCUGUCUUGCACCUCAAAUACGCACAUGCCCUAUAUCCCUUCUCCGACGAAUCACAGAAAAUGUGGUAUUGUAAAUCGUCGCUCAUCGUAGGAUUGGUAAAUCGUGGAACACUUACGUUAUUCAACUCUCCCAAGUGGCUGCAAAACGUUGCCCAUUGCUUCUGCAAUACUUCUGGUAACUCCUUGUCCCAUGGCCACAUUGUCCCGUCUGCCUCCUUCAACGUCCACAACCGUUGCAUAAAAAGUUUUGCCACCAUCUUUAUAAGGUCCACAAAACCUAGUGGAUCGUAUAUCUUGGCAAUACUUCCCAUCACUUGACUUUUUGUCGGUGGCUUCGAUACAUCUACACAGGGAACUCUUACCCUCAAUCGAUCUGCUCCUUGGCAGCUUUUACAUGCGUUGUAGCGUUUAUAGUUUCUUCUCGACUUGGUGGGGUUGGAAAGGCAAUACGAUUACAUAAUAGCAUAUGAUGACGUCUCUUACACUUCUCACAUCUUGUUGAUGAACGGCAGAAGAUAGAUCGAUGAUUUUUAGUCAAGCAAUUGAAGUAUAGUGCAUUCUGUUUGACUACUUCCUGGCGUUCUGAUCCUGAGAGCCGCUCAAAUGAUGGACACCUUGCUACUGGAUGAUCACCCUGGUAUACAAUGCAACAUUUUGUAACGGCUUUGUGUGCUUGGCUCGCACAUACUAAAGUUGCGUUCGGUUUCAUUCCCUUCUUUCUCUGCCCGUUGUUCUCUGCACGACUUGAAAUGGGAUCAUUUGCUACUUUUGUAGAUAUUCUGUUUGUCCCAUCGGUAACAGUGUUGUUCAAAAUCUUUAUCCUCUUUGCACAGAAUUCCAUCAGGUCAUCAAAAUGUUCUUCCGUGUCAGCUGCAAAGAUUUCGUAUGCCAUUAACGUAUCUUGAUUAAUUUUGCAUCUUACCAGACUUGUUAAAGGUGUAGCCCAUUUUGAUACUGGCUCCUCUAGUCGUUCCAUUCGCCGCACCAACCGUCGAGAUUCAUUAACGGUUCGAGUCAACUCUUCGGGUGUUGCUGUUGCCAUUGGUUGAAGAUCCAUGAGCGCUUUAAAAUACUCGCGCUUCAGCUUCUUUUCAUCAUCGAAACGCUUCAAAAGCGCCUUCCAUGUACUCGAAUAGUUCUCCCCCACAAGUUGAACAUGUUCAAAUUGUCGAGCUACAUCUCCUCUCAGCGACGUCAGUAAAUAUUGCAGUUUCAUAACCUCAGACAACUCCACUACCUCGUGGAUCGAUUCGAAACGAUCCUUAAAGCUCAUCCAUUGCGUACUAUCACCACUAAACGUAGGAAGCUCUAUUUUCGGUAAACGCACUUGUGAACUCGAAAACAUUGUGUUCGUCAUAGUACUGUUCGCGAUCGGUCGUACACUUUCAUCUCGUCCUUGUUUUUCUAACAGAAAACCCUUCACUUUGUGAUAGUUUCUUUGAAACUCCUUCCUCUCACUUCUUAACUGUACCUCAUCACACUCAUCAUACUCCAAUAACAACUUUUCCCCCACGCUUUCAUAAGUCUUUUUUGCCUCUUCCAAGGACAAAAGCUGACUACUUAAUUCACAACGUUGUGCAUCCACGUAAUUAUCCAUAAAUUCUUCAAAUUGCUCUAGGCCUGCCAAUCGAUCUUGGUAAAUUCUUAUCCACGGCACCAUUUUUUCUGCUUCUUUCGAUGCUUUCGCCAUUUAAAGGUUCCACGACACUCCUCAAAUUGCGAUGGCGAACACUGACGCCAACUCGUUCACGAUGGCCGAAACACACUAACCGCAAACUGAUUGUCCUAGCAACGAUCUUUCUGACGCUAAACUUGUUUUAAUUUUCACACGAUUUUACUACUUCUAUCAUUCCGACCCGCGAAUUGGCCGAAAUAACAGGUUGGCUGAUAAGUCCCCGGUCUGACACAUAGAUGGCGCCGCUAGUAUUAAAUGCAUAUUAUUUUUAUAUAGUACCAACCUUCAAAUGAUUCGUGUCAAAAUUUGACGUCUGUAUGUCAAUUAGUUUGUGAGACAGAGCGUCUUUUGUCAAGCAACUUUUGUGUUGUGUUGUUCCACCAAGACAACGCACCGUGCCACAAGUCAUUGAGAACGAUGGCAAAAAUUCAUGAAUUGGGCUUCGAAUUGCUUCCCCACCCACCGUAUUCUCCAGAUCUGGCCCCAGCGACUUUUUCUUGUUCUCAGACCUCAAAAAGAUUCUCGCAGGGAAAAAAUUUGGCUGCAAUGAAGAGGUGGUCGCCGAAACUGAGGCCCAUUUUGAGGCAAAACCGAAGGAGUACUACCAAAAUGGUAUAAAAAAAUUGGAAGGUCGUUAUAAUCGUUGUAUCGCUCUUGAAGGGAACUAUGUUGAAUAAUAAAAACGAAUUUUGACAAAAAAAAAUGUGUUUUUCUUUGUUAGACCGGGGACUUAUCAGCCAACCUGUUAUAUACUAAAGUUCGUUCUCCCUUGUAAGUGGGAUACCGUCCAUAUUUAUAGUUAUGCUAAGGUUUAACAGUCUUUCUUUCUACCUAUGUGGGGCAAUCAUGGCUUGAAUUUUUCCCUUAAUUGAGUGUAACUUUCCAGGUUGUCAUCCACUUAUGGAUGGUAUCCAGGCAACGCUGGGUGGUAUUGCGAAGUUGUGGUAAACCCCUCCGUUCAACUGUCAGUGCAAUGUCGUCAGCAUAUAAAUAGAGUUGACAGGAUCUUGGCAGCUUUGGCAGGUCAGCUAUAUACGAUGUAUACAGCAGAUACUGCCUUGCGGAACGCCAGCCGGGAUGUCUUUGGUGAACCGAAUUGGUCGAACCAAGUAAGACUUGAUACGAUCUUCCACUAAUGUAGCUCUGCAUCAGCUUUACGAGAUGGAGUGGGAUCCCAAACCACAUCAUUUUAUGCAGCAAGCCAUUGUGUCACACAUCGUCGAAGGCCUUUUCAACACCGAGGACAACAAUGGCUGUGGAUUUUGACGCUCGUUUGUUAUGCUGUAGCGGAUUGUGAAACCGUAGCAGCUGGUGAGUGGUGGAGUGACAAUGUUGGAAUCCAAAUUGCUCCGCUGGUAGGAUAUUUUAGCAUCUAGUAAGAAUGUUAUUUACUAGUGUGAGAGCUUUGCCUUUGAGAUGUUUAAGCACGAUGUUGAAAAGCCCCUCGAACCCUGGUGCCUUAAAAAUUAUUAUCCCUUUAAGGGUACAUUUCACUUUCAAGGGCAUUGUCACUCACCGUUACAGGCGACAUCUCCACAGCUGUUCGUAAUAUUUCUUGUAGAUGAUCCAUACUACUGCCUACUUCCGAUUCCGUAGGACUGUCAAUAUGAUCACCAAGAGAUAAAGCACUUGCAAAUCGGAGCGAAAUAGCGUUUGCUUUUUGUUCGGCGGUACCUGUGUUGGAAACCAAAGGAGGAAUCGGCCUUGGUUUCUUUUUAAAGAUCUUCUGCACCUUCCACACGCUACGUUUUUUUUAACAUAGGUUGGAACCCGUCGACGUUCAUCUCUUUAGUAGGCAUUUCAUUUUGAUCAUUUGUGCUUACUUCAUAUUCCGCCACUAAGCUGUACGUGCUGGACGACGAUGAGCAUGAAGGUCGUUCGCGGUUUGAUUCUUUCAAUCCGGUUUUCUUGCUCCGGUUAGGUAUCGCGACAGACGUACAUCUACUACUAUCACUGGACACGCAUUGUUCUUUUAUUUGCGAUCGCGAGCAUAGCUUGCCACUACGACGACUAAUAUACUCACACUAUCACAGUUACGUGUGUGCCCAUUUCUACUCUCUAUUAAACCACGAUAGCUAGGUCAAACACGUCCGAUCGACUCGACUUCCGAACGCUGCAUGACAUGCUUGAAAUAUUUUUCAAUACGUCUUAUGAUGGGAUUUACUUAUCUGAUUUUUUUUAAUAGUGUUACCGGACUCAACGGCUACCGACCUGGACCAACACCUAAGCAGCCUGGUUGGGGCAACACAACAAGCCACAAGCCACAUGGGGCAAACAAAUAUAAUCUCAGGUGGAGGAGGCGUUACCAAUAACUCGAACAACACUGGUGGUAGCGGUAGUAGCGGAAACAGCUUAACUCCGCAAAUUCCCGCUCAUUUGUCGAAUAGUCUUAUAGUACCCCGAUACGCACAGUCAACGAGUACUAACAAUCACGUCGACGCCUACGGACUAACCAGCAAUCAAAGUGAACCUCGUAGUUUAAGUGACUCGUCGCAAGCUGAAUCUCCUGUGCAAGAUGACUUACUUACUUCCAACACACCCAACCUUGGUCCCAGCAGCGGUCCCACAACUACCACCGGUGCUGGUAACAGCAGCGGUGUAAAUGGUGGUGCUAAUGGUGGAGGAAGCAAUGGUGGGGGAGAUGGUAAUAGCAAUGGACUACAUCAAAAUUUCUCAAACAUUGUUAUGAGCCAAAGCAAUGGAGGAUCCAACGCAUCCACAACACCCAACUUUGUCGGUUCGAAUGGGACCAGCAGUUGUAAUGGAUCACCACUCUACCCCGUCCUCCCAGCUAGUCUACUAUACUCACAGCUAUACACAGCUGCAAACCAAUCGGUGGGAGGAUUCGGACAUGCAGUAAAUCAUCACCAUCAUAUCCAGUCCACGCACGGAGCAGUGGCAGCUGCUGUUGCCGUUGCUACUGGAGGUAGUCCGGUACAAAACAGUGCAUCAGCCGCCGCGGCAACAGCAGCAGCUGCUGCUAUGCAUGCUGGCGAACUUCAGAGUGUUAUGGACCAUCUUACGGCUGGUACUACCCAAGCUGCGGCUGUUGCGGCAGCGGCCGUGUCUCAUCGACAUCAUUACCAUCAUCAUCAGACAGGAGCAAACCUAAUUGGUGGACACGGCCAUGGAAAUCAGAGUGGUGGUGUAGCGGUCAUUACUAAUCCUGAAUUGUCGCUCAUUGGAAAUUGCAGUGCAAUGGCCCGUGGAGCCCUCGACGAAUCAACUCAUCGAGUACUGAGUGGUGCUGGAGUUGUCGGUGGGCGAUUGAAUGGCCACUCCGAUAAUACUAGCCAGGUAGGACAGACCACCGACAAUGGGAAUUCUGUCUGGCGACCAUACUGAAACAGAACUAUCGCGAGAGUGCCCGGUAUAACCACCAAUUUUAUAUCCGAGAAAACAUUACCAUCUCCACCAUCAUUUACUCCUAUCUCAUCUUGAUCCUCAACCUAGUGCUUAUCCAAUUCCUCAAUUAUAUAAGGUUGAUCAGACUAGUUAUAAGAAAUACGUUAUUCAAAAUGUACAGGUUUGAAAUGCAAAUGCAAUGUUAGCCCUGUAAAUCAAAUAUACAUUUAAUAUAUGAAUCAGCCAUAUAUGCUUACAGCCACGAAAAAGAGACGUGGUGACUGGCCAAUUAGUGGCACAAUGAUAAUCAGUAUGUAAAACUUUUUACGGAUGCUCUCAGACGAUAAUUUCAAUUUCUGCCUAAAAAUCAUCCAUCUAGCAAUAUUUUUCGUCGUUGAUGGGGAAAUUGAGCAAGGUUCGUGAAGAAGGAAGCGAGUAGCAAAAUCAUCCAAUUGCAACAGGCCAGCAUGAAAAUGUUGCAAGGAAUCUUUCUACAUUACAUUUGUUUCGGCAGUGUUGUGGGAAUAGAUUUGUGGUCAAAUAAUCUUAUCGUUUGAGGGCAUCUAAUCGUUAUUAAUUAUGAAGCUAUUAAUUAUUAUUAAUCGCUUCUUGUAAAUAAAAAUUGGUACAAUUAUCCUGUUUGUGUCCAUACAGUUUGAUACGUAAAAGUCUUUUUAAAAGCCUGUAGAUCCAAUUUCAUGAAACAAAUGUGUGAAUAAAUGCUAAAUUUAACCAUUAGGAUUAAUUGCCUAUUAAAGCAAGUCAUUGAGAAUAUAUCUAUCAGAUAUUAAGAAACGUGAGCUACAACAACACAGAUAUAUUUUCAAAUGCGUGUCGAUGGGAGAGCGCGUAACGCAUAUGCACGCAGUUCGUAGUAUUUUGUAUAGAAUUAUGCAUGAUACAACCUAGUUUUAUCAAACUCAAUAAAGGAUAUGGGUCCAUUCUUUAAGUCAAUAAAAGGUACAGUAGCAUUUCUAAACGGGUAAAUAUUUAGUAUAAAAACGAUAAUUUUGAUUUAAACGCUAUUAUAUUGGCCCAACAGUGACUGUAUAAAAAUGUUGUAAAAUUUUAAACGUUUCCAAUAUAUUUUUGCUGCAGCAUAAAUUCCAUCGAUUAUUUGGAAUUUAUAAUUAUUUGACUGGAAAAAAUGAGGAGGUAUUUUCCUAAAAUAUUUAUAGCAACAAAACCAACAUGCUUUCUCGAUCUGUCAGGUUUGCAGGUCUGUUGGGCAAAACGGGAAAGCAUUUGGAUUUUGUUAGUAGGAGUAUGAUUUAAAAAGAGUUUCAAAAUAUGCAAAAAUUAUGUUUUCAUUGAUACCAUUAUCAUAUGUCAUAUAUUUGUGGUACUUAAAAUAAUUCUACCAGUAUUCUGAAUGAAGAUUGCGUUUCUAGAACAAAGUGUCACUCAUUUUGAUAUUUUUGCAUUUUGCGAGCACAUAUAGCGCACAUGUGGACACGAAUUUAUACAGAGCCCGACAAAAUAAAAUGCCCACUACUUACAAUUUAACAUUUUUUACUCUUUUCCGUGAAAAAUGAAGUAAUUGUACUGCUUUAUGUUUUGAAACAUUGUUCGUGGCAUGCUUAAGAACGAGUAGUACCAUAGCAUGACAAAAAUGCAAUGUUUGCUUCAAGAAUUUUUUUUCCAAAGUUGAAUAAAAUCACUGUGCCAAACUAAAGUGCCCACUUUAUUCAUUUUAUAAAAAACUAUUUUCGGAAAAAAUAUAACAUUAAUCAUCAUCAUAAUUUAUAUGCAAUCCUCUGGAAUUAAUGACAUGUUCGAGGAUUUUUGACAUAAUUUAUUUUGUUUUUAUUUGCACAUAUUUGGCAUUGCUUCUUCCUACGAGUGUUUCAGAGCUUUAACCGUCUUGCUUACGACCAAAAAAUUUUACGUAAUCGUACAACCGUCUACCCGGGUAGGGCAUACAUUUUGUAUGGAACAAUUAUGUUUUCCGUGGUUAAAAGAGUACAUCUUUUGAAUUUCUUCUAAAAUUUGAAUGAAAACUGUCUUAAAGGUUCAUAAUAAUAUUUAAUAACAUAUCGUAGUAAAAUUAGAAUUUUAAAAAUCCUAUCAAGAUUUUUUUCAAUCAAAAAUAUGUU